AUGGAUUCGAUUUUAUCUUAUGGACAUUCACCUAUUCAAAGACAAAAACUGUGGAUCAAGGUUGAAAAGAUCAUUGAAGGUAAUUCGAAUGUAAGAACUAAAGUUACAGAAUCACGUGGUGAAAGUUUUAAAGUUUGGGAAUGGAUCGGGAGUUAUACGGGUGAUUUGAAUUUGAAUUCAUCACCUGUUGGGAAAUAUUCGGCUGGAUCAAAUCAAAAGUCAGUUGGGAAUGCAAAGGGAGAGCCAAGACUGCAAGAAAGUCAAUUGAAGAAGACACCUUUCCUACGUACUGGUCGUGAACCUUCGGAACUUCCACAAAUCGAUUAUGAGAUGCUUGAGGGAAGUUUGAAGAUGAUUGAAUGGCAGAAGAGAAAGUCGUAUGACACCAUCCUACAACGUAAGCAAAAGAAUCCGUUGUCGGCUUUCUUGCUUUUGCAUGAACAACGUGAUACGACGACUAAACCUCAGAUGGCUCUGGUCAUGACUCGGGCUGAGGCCGCAAAUGUGCCGGUAUAUACAAUCGGUUGGGGCAAAGUCCAUAGUCCCUCAUGUCUUUGGCAACUUACAAAUCAUGCUGGCGGUACUUAUACUUAUGACAAUGAUCUGUAUGAGAUCAAGGAUACACUUACAGGCUUUAUAGGUGGCAUGAGAAAUUUUAAUGAAGCGAAGAUGAGAGAUGGUGCAGCUGGGCAUGAUGCCUCAUCACCAGGCGGAGGUCCAAAUAGCCUUGGGUUUACUGGUACAGAUGCAUUCUUUAUGAAUAGUGUGGGAGGUUUGAAGGAGAUUGGCCGCGAUGGAGGAUUAGGAGCACAUGAUUUUUAUGAUGCAGAGUUUGAUCAACCAAUCGAUGCUUUGUAUCGAGAUCCGAUUGCAGCCAAGACUGCAAGCAGGCUGGUAAGACCAGUUCUGCUGAGCAUCACCAUUGUUCCACCUCAGCCCCUCGCCAAUACUAGAGCAUCUACCGGUAAUGAACAAGGGAUUGUAAGGCAACGGAUCAAGCUCCUAACCUCUGACUCACUCACUCAAGCUUUAGUCUUAGUAUCACAUCGUAUGGAGAGGCAGGCAGGUUGUCUACUCGAGGAAACUCGGCACAUUGUUCAUACAUUACUUGGUAAUAUACAUCCUGGUAGUGAACGACCAAGGGCAUUACAUUAUAUAUACAAAGAUAGUGUGGAAGGUUUUGAUUGUGUUUUGAAAGUUGUUAAACGUGCAGCAAAGCUUACUGUGAAUCGGGAAGCGGAUAAGGAUGGGGAUGAGGGCAUUGAAGAAGAUGAUGAGCCUGUAGGAGUUGAUGAUGAGGCUCUGGACAUUGGACCUGGUGCAGAGCAAGAAGGUGGUAGAUCAGGAGCAGGAGAGAGAUUACAAUCAGAAAUUCAAGAUGGAAGAGAAAGAGGAAGAAUCUACACCAAUCAACAAGAAAAUCCAAGUCAAAGUAAACAACAAGCAGUGAAAAGAUCAAAAGUAGCUACUAAGAAUCCUAUGACUAUUAAAUAA